UGGCAGUGUUGGUCUGUGCCGCGAUGUGUCGAGACUCGUGUCGAUAGUGCAUGUAGUGUGGGAAUGGGAGAUUGUAAUUUAAGGGAUGCGAAUGUUGUGGAAGAUGCUAGUUGUGGCGAUUAACAGACAAUGAAAAAUGGUUAUUUUCCUAUAGAGCAACACGUAAAAGGCCAAAGGACAGUUCAGUUUCUCUUAAUUUCAUGCAAUUUCGAUGGAUUUAAUACAUUAUAGGUACUAGGACGAAUUCAUGCUAAGUAUCUUCAUAUUCAGGGUUCCAUUCCAACCAAAUCUAACCUGUGAAAGGUACUUGUCCUAAUAAUGAUUACAUUAACAAGAAAAAUGAAAAAAGAAAAUGACGGUCAUAGUGGCUCAUCCACAACAGAAUCAAGCAAGCGGGUGUCGAUACGGGACAAACUGUUGGUGAAGGAAGUUCAGGAAAUGGAACAAACGUUACCAAUCACUUGUAGAGUCCGAUUUGAAGACCCACAUCAGCUACAUGAUUUUCACCUGACUGUAACUCCUGAUGAAGGGUUUUGGGCUGGAGGGCAGUUCUGGUUUCAUAUAUUUGUUACUGAAGAUUACAAUAUGGCACCACCAUUGGUGAAGUGCCUAACAAAGCUAUGGCAUCCCAACAUCAGUGAAGAUGGUGACAUCUGCUUGAGUCUUUUACGUCAGAACUCUAUUGAUGGAAUGGGAUGGGCACCGACCAGAAAACUCAAGGAUAUAAUCUGGGGUCUCAACUCUCUGUUUACUGACCUGUUGAAUUUUGAUGAUCCCUUGAACAGUGAAGCAGCAGAACUUUACCUCAAGGAUAAAGAAGCCUUCCACAGCAGAGUGAGAGAAUAUGUAACACAGUAUGCCAAGAGAUGAGAUAAUUGUUAUAAAUUAUUCAUAAUUCUUUUGGUUCCUAACAGUUGAUCUCUGGCAUCUUGUCUUAUGUGACAUACACAGACACAUUUUAUACUGGUCGUUAAAAUUAAGACUUAAUUAGAGAUGGUUGAAAUCCUUAUCCCAAAUGAAGGUAUUAAUCAAAAAAUAAAGGGUCAGACAGAGAUAUGAAAAUAUUUAUGCCCAGUAGGUUACACAUUUUUUAAUUUAAGUUUUAUUUUGAGAGCUGCAUAACAGCACAUUGUUAUAAAAAAUGUGUAGAAUGCUAGAACAAGUGGUUUCUGAACAUUAUCACAUAAUGAGCAACCUAUUUAUGAAAUCACAGUAGGAAAAUUUGCAUGCAGUUCUCCUCCCUAAAAAGGUUGUAGCAUUGUGCCCCUUCCUCUUCUUCCACACUCACUUGACUUGGCUCAUCCCUACGCAGCUUAACAUUUUGACACCCAGAGAGGACAGUUUGCCCUCAUAUAAAUUUAAAAUCACUUCCAUUCAAGUUUUUUGCAUGCCAUAGUGAUUUCCCUCUUUGACUUUUCAUUUUUUGUGAGGGGCACUUGGUGCAUAAGAAAGUUAAAUGUGACACUGGUUAGAUUUGCAAGCAAAAUUAAUUUUUACAUGUAACACUUGGAGGAGACACUCUGUCCCUCAGUAAAAUGCUUUCAGAUUCUGCAAAUCAAGCUUCUAAUGGUACCAUGUGGGAGGCAACAGAUCCUGAAUAGGUGUAUGGUGUAAGUUGCUGUCAUGGUAAACAAACAAGAGAGACAGAUAUGUGUCAGUAGACAUGAGCUAAUGCAGUUUGCCCCAAGUAUAAUCACAGCUAUGAGUUGGCAGCAAUUCUUUAACUUUGCUUUGUCAACUAGAUCAUAAAUUUUGAUAGUUCAUACUGUGCUUUAACAUAAUAUGCAAAGAAAUGAUCAAAUUGUUUGUUUGAGUCAAAAUCUGUAAUGGGCAGACACCUUUGAUUUAGGACUGUGCCUCAGCACAUUCCUUAGAAAUUAUCUUGGUGCAUUAUAGAUAUAAAGGAUUGUUGCAUAUGAAACACACAUAUGAUGGUUUUCUCUUGUUGGAUGGUGGACAUAGCAAGUUUAUCCACGUGCUUACUCAUGGUAUAGAUGAGAGUGGCCAACUAAAAAGAUUGUGUAACCAGUGACAUGCGGUCUUCCAGACCUCCACCAAAGUAAAUUUCCCAAUACAAACCACAUCAAACAACUAAUGAAGCGAAAGAAAUAUCAGUAGAUGUAUAAAGAAAUGUAAAAGGUGCUGAGAACAGCAGAGUGCUACAAGCCAUAGCCAGAUAUUGUUUCUGCUGCGGUCUCCCAGAUCACACAUAAUCUAAGCUUCCCUUACUGUUGAAAUGGUAGAUAAUGUUGAGAAAAGAGGUACUAUUGUGAGACUUCUUGCUAGUCAAAAACAUGAUUUGACUUUAGGAAGAAAAUAAUUACAUACUAAGCCAAAUAGGGAACACUGACAAAACUCCAGUAUAUUUUGAUAUGUCAUCCAGUUGAUGACACAGGUGCAAAAUCUGUUAUUGUAAAACAUCAGGCAAUGAAAAGACGUGACUAUUGUUGACAGUAUUGGCAGAUAGCAUAAAACUACCGACAUAUGCCUAAAGAGAUGCUGCCAAUAAUAGUGUCAGUAUAUUGGAUGGGUGACUGAUGAGGGACUGGUUACAAGUUGUUUGGAACAGGAGACCAGGAGUGUUAUUGAGAAAAUAAGGAAUGCUGGUGCUGUAUACAUUUAAAGGUCAUUUAGUAUCACCAGUCUGUGAUUCAUGCAAUGAUUGCUGUCUUUGUUGUCAUACCUAGAGGGAUGUCCUCAUUUUAGAUGUUGUAAAUAAAACUUUAAAGGAUCAUUUUAAACAACUGUAUUUUGAAUUGCUCUUCUGAAACCUACUGGGAAAUUAAGGAAGCCCAGUGUUAACAGCACUUCUGUGCCAUUGUAUCAAGACAUCAUGGCAAUGGAUGUGUCCAGAAGUGAUAGUCAAAGUAUUUAAAAGGUGCUGCAUAUCUAAUGCAAUGGUUGGAAGGGAGGAUGUGGUUGCCAUAAAUGCUGUUGUGGUCUACAGUACUGUCAUGAGAAGCAAGAUAUCCUGAAUUAUCUUCAACAGAAAACUUGCAGAGGACUUACAAGAAGAGUAUAUAAAGACUUGACCAAUGCAGUUUCAUCAUUUCUUUGGAACCAGUUGUACUUCCAUAAUUAAAGAAACAUAAUAUUGUAAAUAUGUAAUAUAUUGAUGGAUCAUAAGAGAGAAAAUUAAUAAUAAUAUGUCAAAAAGUAAUGAAAAUAAAAUAGAAAAUUAUUAUAGAAAUUAAAACAAGAAAGAAAUAUAAAAAUAGGAAAAUAUAUUUUCUACUAUUCUCUUUCAACCAGGAGUCAGCUCUUUUCAUGCUGGGGACAAAUUGUUCACUUUGGUCAUUAGAGGGGGUGAGGUAAGUCUGGGCAUCCUAACAUUAAAUUUUACAUUUAAACUGUAUUUGGAGCAUACUGUAUAAAAUAAUGUUUGUAUUAAAUAUCACAAAUAGGGCAGAAACACCCAUAGUGUGUUAUAAUUUCUUUUGAAUUUACAUAAAUAUAAUAUAGAUACCAUAGUUUUCAGGUGAAUCCUCUGGAAUAGUUUAUAUCACUACAAGUUUGGAAACCACUGGUUUAGGUGUUUUGUUCACAGGGACGUAGAAAACAGUGACACUUGAAAUGAAAAAAAUAAAUUGAUUGGAAUUGAGGUUAUUCAAACCUGUUUUACAAAUAACAGAAGAUUUCUCCAUCUCUAAUUGUAACACCUGUAAUGCAAUUUUUGUAGUUGCAUUUUGCAACACUUUUAACCAGAUGUUUUAUUGUAACAUACUAGGCCAUUUUCCUUAUGUAACACACAAAGAAGAAUGACUGAUUCUAGUCUUGUAUGAUUUUGUGUAUUAUUUAAUGUAUUCUUUGUAAAUAAUAUUCCCCUGAUCCCUACUAGUGUGCUUGUCAUA